AUGAGUUUAUCAGAUGAAAUCCCUUUAUCCGUCCUAAUUAGUCUUAGUCCCAAAUCCAAGUCGCCUCGUUCUAUUUUCUCUUCGUCAAAAGAAAACCCUCGUUCGCAGUCCACUCGUCAUCGUUCGUCACCGGUCAAUCAGCUUCAGCUAGUCGUCGCCGCCUCCUCGCCGGUCAUCAGCUGGUCGCCGCCUCGCCGGGUCAUCGGGUAUUCAGAUGUCAAAUACGGAUGACUAUAUUGAAGUGGAAGAUGAGACAAUUGAAGUUGAAAACCCAACCAAUGAUCAAGUUACACAAGAAAAACAGAAAAAAACUAAAGAAUUCAACCCAAGAUCGAAAGUUUGGAAAUAAUUUGAAAGGUAUAAGAAUGAAAACGGUGUUCAAAGAUGCAAAUGUAAGCAUUGUUGUGGUGGGAAUUACAAGUGCGAAUCAAGUGGUUAUGGGACCAAAAAUCUAGGUUAUCAUUUAACGAAAUGUAAAACUUACUUGGAUAAACUUAGUGGUGGGCAG